AUGACUGAAGUUUAUAUGGUUUCAACUUCCCCUUUUGUUGACUCUCUCAUAAUAACCAAGCUACUUUUUCUAGUUACCAAGUAUGAGAGCUUAAAAUCUACAAUAGCGUUUCAGUCCAAUAUUUCAAAUAAGAGGAGACGGCCAAAUCAUCGCCGAUCUUCUAGUUAUUCGAACUUAAAAGAUCUGAUUUGUAUAAAAGAUAAUAAUUCAUUACAUUAAGAUUUAUAAUUUUUACGUCCUUUGCGGGGGUUGCCCAAACCCAGAGCUUCCCGCUGCAUCUUCGCCACACUGGGCCACAGGUCGCUGAGCCGAGUUGCUUUAUUGCACCAAGGCGUGACUCCCCGCAGUGUUGCUAACUAAGACAGCAAAAGGUAAUAAUUCAGAUCUCGGAAGCUCGUGCGACACUGUAGAAUCUAGAUCAAAAACUAAGAACAGUCCUAAUGGAAGCAAUAAUUAUGACUUUUUGCCUAAGUUACGAUAUUCUUAUACAUUUGAUCAGUAUUGAACUAUGGAUAAUAUCUUCUUCUCACUCGUAGAAAAGUAUAAAAGCAAGAAUUGGGUCAGAAAUUAUCCAAAUAAUCCUGAAAUCCAUAUAGUAGUGAUUCGACAAUUUUGGCUCGAUUGCAAUGUUUGUGAUCAACUUUUUUGGCAUAUUUUAAGUGCUCCUUUGGGUAGUUCUACAUGAAUAAAUGGAGAAUUAUUUAUAAGAGCAAUUGAAAAUUUGCAUGAAACUUCUAACUGAAAUAUUUUCACUUAUAAGUUUAUUGGAAAAAAAUAUAGAAAAACCUAUAAAGCUCAAAAACAAUUAUGUAUCUUUUAUUUAGUUUUUUUCUCUCUCGCUCAGCAUGAAUAUGGAGAAGAGCUCAGUAGAGAUCAGCUAGUACAGGUCCUUGAUAUGGCUGACAGAACAGCUAAAUAUCAUUUAGAAAUGCUUGCGAACUUAAUGAUAAAAAAUUGCCAUGAAACAAAAAACUCGAAAAAUAUGAAAAUUUCGUUUGGAGAGUUCAAGUCGAUGCUGAUCAACAGGCUAAUAUUUUCAAUGUAA